CGGAGCCGGAAGCUCCACGUCGGUGAAUUGGGGCUGGGAAGCGAACCUGGGAUCCUGCGGCGGCUGCAGCCCUGCGAGGGAGCCGAAGCCAUGCCUCUUCGACUUGAUAUAAAGCGUAAACUAACAGCUCGAUCUGACCGAGUGAAGAGUGUGGACUUGCAUCCCACAGAGCCAUGGAUGUUGGCUAGUCUUUACAAUGGGAGUGUCUGUGUUUGGAACCAUGAAACACAGACACUAGUGAAGACUUUUGAAGUAUGUGAUCUGCCAGUCAGAGCGGCUAAAUUUGUGGCAAGGAAGAACUGGGUUGUUACAGGAGCUGAUGACAUGCAAAUCAGAGUUUUCAACUACAACACUUUAGAAAGAGUUCACAUGUUUGAAGCACACUCAGAUUACAUCCGCUGUAUUGCUGUACAUCCUACACAGUCUUUCAUUCUAACCAGCAGUGAUGACAUGCUUAUUAAACUCUGGGACUGGGACAAAAAAUGGUCCUGUUCUCAAGUGUUUGAAGGGCACACUCAUUAUGUGAUGCAGAUUGUCAUAAACCCUAAGGAUAAUAACCAGUUUGCUAGUGCCUCUUUGGACAGGACGAUCAAGGUUUGGCAGCUUGGUUCUUCUUCACCCAACUUCACUUUGGAAGGCCAUGAGAAGGGAGUAAAUUGUAUUGAUUACUAUAGUGGGGGAGAUAAACCUUACCUAAUUUCAGGAGCAGAUGACCGCCUUGUAAAGAUUUGGGAUUAUCAGAAUAAAACCUGUGUGCAAACUCUGGAAGGUCAUGCACAAAAUGUAUCCUGUGUUAGCUUCCACCCUGAACUUCCCAUAAUCAUCACUGGCUCUGAAGAUGGAACUGUUCGGAUCUGGCAUUCAAGCACAUACCGCCUGGAAAGUACACUGAACUAUGGCAUGGAGCGGGUGUGGUGUGUGGCAAGCCUAAGAGGAUCCAAUAAUGUGGCUCUGGGAUAUGAUGAAGGAAGCAUCAUCGUUAAGCUUGGCCGUGAAGAGCCUGCCAUGUCGAUGGAUGCUAAUGGAAAGAUUAUUUGGGCUAAGCACUCAGAAAUUCAGCAGGCUAACCUGAAGGCAAUGGGAGACACUGAAAUCAAAGAUGGGGAGAGACUGCCUCUUGCUGUGAAAGAUAUGGGCAGCUGUGAAAUAUAUCCUCAGACAAUUCAGCACAAUCCUAAUGGGCGGUUUGUAGUAGUGUGUGGAGAUGGUGAAUACAUCAUUUACACGGCUAUGGCGCUGAGAAACAAGAGUUUUGGUUCUGCUCAGGAGUUUGCGUGGGCGCAUGAUUCUUCAGAGUAUGCAAUCAGGGAAAGCAACAGCAGUGUCAAGAUAUUUAAAAACUUCAAAGAGAAGAAAUCUUUUAAGCCUGACUUCGGAGCAGAAGGUAUCUAUGGUGGGUUCUUACUGGGUGUUCGAUCUGUCAAUGGCUUGGCAUUUUAUGACUGGGAAAAUACAGAACUAAUACGCAGAAUUGAAAUCCAGCCCAAACACAUUUUCUGGUCUGACUCUGGUGAACUCGUUUGUAUAGCCACAGAAGAAUCAUUCUUCAUUCUGAAAUACAUUUCUGAGAAAGUUGCAGCAGCUCAGGAGACACAUGAAGGAGUCACUGAAGAUGGCAUCGAAGAUGCCUUUGAGGUCCUUGGUGAAAUUCAAGAGAUUGUGAAAACAGGAUUAUGGGUGGGUGACUGUUUUAUUUAUACCAGUUCGGUGAACAGGCUGAACUACUACGUUGGAGGAGAAAUUGUCACUAUUGCACAUUUGGACAGGACAAUGUAUUUACUAGGGUACAUCCCCAAAGACAACAGGCUUUACCUGGGUGACAAAGAAUUAAACAUAGUGAGUUAUUCCUUGCUAGUUUCAGUGCUAGAGUAUCAGACUGCUGUGAUGAGGAGAGAUUUCAGUAUGGCUGACAAAGUUCUUCCCACAAUUCCAAAGGAACAGAGGACCAGAGUUGCACACUUCCUCGAGAAGCAGGGUUUCAAACAGCAAGCUCUUGCAGUAUCUACAGACCCUGAACAUCGCUUUGAGCUUGCUCUUCAGCUUGGAGAACUUAAGAUUGCAUAUCAGCUUGCUGUGGAAGCCGAGUCGGAGCAGAAGUGGAAGCAGCUUGCUGAGCUUGCAAUCAGUAAGUGCCAGUUUGGCCUUGCCCAGGAAUGCCUGCACAAUGCACAAGACUACGGCGGCUUGUUGCUUUUGGCCACAGCUUCAGGAAAUACCAGCAUGGUGAACAAGCUGGCUGAAGGAGCAGAAAAAGACGGGAAGAACAAUGUAGCAUUUAUGAGCUACUUCCUCCAAGGAAGGCUUGACAGUUGCCUUGAUCUCUUGAUUAAAACCGGGCGCUUACCAGAAGCUGCUUUCUUAGCGCGAACAUAUUUGCCAAGCCAGGUCUCAAGGGUUGUGAAACUGUGGAGAGAAAAUCUCUCUAAAGUCAACCAGAAAGCUGCUGAAUCCCUGGCUGAUCCCACAGAAUAUGAAAAUUUGUUUCCUGGAUUAAAGGAAGCCUUUGUUGCUGAAGAAUACAUAAAGCAAACAAACGCUGAUUUGCGGCCUGCCAGUGAAUAUCCACUUGUCACUCCAAAUGAAGAGAGAAACAUAUUGGAGGAAGCCAAAGAUUUUACACCGCAAAUACAGGCAGCAUUACAGGAGUCUGAAGAGGAAGAUCUAGUUCCCACUUCUAAGCCUGUGCUAGUGCCUCCGGUUGCAGGGACGGACCCAAUUGCAACAAUAAAAGAUGAAAAGGCCCUAUUGGAACUGGAUGAAGAUUUGGAUAACUUAGACCUGGAGGAUAUUGAUACUACCGAUAUUAAUUUGGAUGAAGAGAUGUCCGACUGAGUCUUCUUAAAAAUGACCAAAUUUCUUAUAAAAUUGCCUCUCCCUACACUCGUAUUCCUUUUUAUACUUAAGUUGGGUAAACUAGGUAGGAACAGAUCUGUAAAAUGCAUCAAAUAAUCAUUUUUCUGUUGUUUAGAUGAUCUUAGAUUCUGUUGCAAACACUUGUUCCCCAAUAAACGUCUUUACAGUUUA